AUGUCCAAUAGUAAAUGGAUAGCAGAUUUAAAAACUGUAUUUCAAGUUGCUAAAGCACGUCUUGAUGUACGUGAAAAGAAAAAAACUGAACAAGUAGCAAAAGAACGUUAUACAGUUGCUGAUUAUGUUCGUAAUAAUAAAGUUCCUCGUGCUCGAAUUGCUGUUGAACAUCUCAUACGUGAAGAUUAUAAAAUUGAAGCUAUGGAUCGAAUUGAAGCUUAUGUUGAUACACUUCUUAUGAGAAUGCAAUUAAUAAAAGAUCGUCCAAAAAAUGCCGCUGUUGAUCCAGCUAUAGAACAACCAUUAGCAAAUGUUUUAUGGGCUGCACCAUUUCUUACACAAGAUAUUCCUGAACUUGGUCAAGUAACAACAAUGUUUAAAAAACAUUUUGGACCAGAAUAUGUAACAAUGUGUGAACAAAAUAAACUUGGCAUGGUUGAUGUUGAUCUUUUACGUUGUUUAAGUUGUGAUCUUAUUCCAAAAUUACUUAUUGAAAAAUAUUUAGUUGAAAUAUGUCGAAGUCAAAAUGUUCCAUUUGAACCAGAUCCAACUAUAAUGGCACAAGAUGAAUUUUGGACUAUUGGACAACGUUAUGUUCAACAAACAAAUAUCAAUGAUGAUAAACGAUUACCAUCAAAUAUAAAUGAUGAUAAACGACCACCACCACCAUCAUCAUCAUCAUCAGGUGGAGGAGGAGCUUCAUCAAAUGGUGGUGGUGGAGGUCAUUUAGAUUUUCCAACAGUUCCAUCAGCUCAACCAAGCGCACCAGCAUUUGAAAAAUCACCUCCGGCUUAUGUAGGACCUCAACCUAAAUAUCCAAAUAUUGAUUUUGGGCCAUCACUUCCACCACCACCACCAUCAUCAAAUGCACCUCGUCUUGGUUUUAAUGCUGAUUAUAAUGCUAAAACACCAUUUAACGAUCCAUUUCCACAAGUUCCAAAUACAAAUGAUCGAUCAACACCACCUGUUGUUCAUGGAGGAGGUUCAGAUGAUCCUGGUUUUGAUGAUUUAGCUCGUCGAUUUGAAGAUUUAAAAAAUAGAAAAUAA